UUUCCCUUUUUUUUUUUUCUUCUUCCUCUUUUUAUCUUUUUCUUUCUGGCCUUGCACCCCGUCAAAAUGUCUGACAGCAACAACGUCCUCGAAUCGACAACCGGCAAAAGAAUUGCGCUGCCCGUACGUGUAGAGCCCAAGGUGUUCUUUGCCAACGAACGUACCUUUCUAUCAUGGCUCAACUUCACCGUGGUCCUGGGCGGCCUCGCCAUGGGCCUGCUGAACUUUGGCGACCGUAUCGGACGCAUGUCGGCCGUUUUAUUCACAGUCAUAGCGAUGGGUGUCAUGAUGUAUGCGCUCUAUACGUUCCAUUGGCGGGCUACCAAGAUCCGCAACCGAGAAGCUGCGCCCUACGAUGAUCGAGUUGGUCCUACCGUUCUUUGCAUUUUCUUGCUUGCUGCCAUUCUUGUCAACUUUUAUCUUCGCAUUGGAAACUGAUUAACUGUUGUCUCGCUACUGUACUAUUGUAUACCCCUCCCGCUAACUCCUCUCUGUAAUCGCUUAUCUUCUGGCUUCAUCAACAAACCCACUCGCACGGCAUAUACACGCAUCCACGACACACACACACACACACACGACACAAUUUCCGUUUGCUUUUCUGGAUUGAUUUCAUGGAAAUAAAAAUGUUUCAGAGC